AUGAAAUUUGCCAAGUACGUUAUCCCUGCCAAAUGUGACAUACCGGUGGCUGACGCGAUUCGCAGAGAGCUAGAGCAGGAGCUCGUGCCUGAGUGGCGGGCAAAGUAUCUGGACUACAAGACCGGGAAGAAGAAAGUCAAAGCCAUCACGCGCGCCCUACAGAAGUCCCAUCGCAGUCCCCGGAUCCCAUCCUAUCGCCAGCCCACUCCGCAAAGUCGAGGCGCUGCUCAGUAUAGCCUGACACCGUCCAACACAGACAAGCAACUAGAUGCGACAGAGGGGAAUGCCCCUGCCACGCCGCAAAGGGGCGCAGAUACCCCGGUUCCGCGAUCCACGCCGCAAAGAACUGAACGUCAACCCCUCCGAACGCCCGGGUCGCGAUUCUCGGAAAAUGUUGGGAGCUAUGGGAGCAUCCUAGCGACACCUCCCCAGCAACACCGCCGGGGAGAGUCCGAUGCGGCAUCCUUCGAAUUGCCAGAUCCAGCGCUGGACCCGGACGAGGACUACCUGCCCCCCGAUGAAUACGCCGACCGACCAAGGACUGUCCGGACACCGUCACCGGUGAUGGAUCGUCGUGUUGCGGGGGGCAUGACUUCUUCGCCUUCGCAGCCACUGGAGUCGUCGGCUGGGCAGCGACCCCAACUUGAGCAACGGCCAAGCUACCAAAGUCCAAUGAGCGGGUUGACAAAGGUCCCCUCGAGUAAUCGGGGAUCGCAGUUACUACGGCGCGUCUUCACUGCAGAGGGGGAUCCUGGUGCCAAGCGAUCGCAAGAGGCUGGCGCAGGUGCAGAAAUCGAGAAACGACAUGACGAGUUCUUUGAGUUUUUGGACACCGAGUUGGAGAAAAUAGAUACGUUCUAUUCGACCAAAGAGCAGGAGGCUACGGAGAAACUCCGUGUCCUUCGCCAGCAGCUACAUGUCAUGCGAGACCAGCGCAUCCAGGAGGUCCUCGCCUCGAAGAGAGCAGACAAACACGACAACGCAGAUGGAAACCAGCGACCAAAUGGGUUCGCUAAACUGAACAGUAAUCUGAAAGAUACAAUUGUUGGCAAGAAUCGCUUCGGUAAGAAUUCGGAGGCACUCGCCCAGAUGGCAACCCCAGGGAUGCACCCACAGGAUCGGGAAUUCAUUGUCAACCGGAGGGACUUCAUGCGCCGACAGGAACCCCCGAGUCAGGAAGUGUCCUACCGCUCUGCCAAGCGCAAGCUCAAGCAUGCGCUGCAAGAGUUUUAUCGCGGCGUCGAAUUGCUGAAGGGAUAUGCCUAUCUGAAUCGCACCGCAUUCCGGAAAAUCAACAAGAAAUACGACAAAGCGGUCAAUGCGCGCCCGCCACUGCGUUACAUGUCGGACAAAGUGAACAAGGCGUCAUUUGUGCAGAGUGAAGUGACUGAAAGUCUCAUGAUUGCAGUCGAAGAUCUGUAUGCUCGGUACUUCGAGCGCGGAAACCGUAAAAUCGCCGUUUCGAAGCUUCGUCACACAAUCAAAAAGUCCGGCGAUUUCUCGCCUAACACCUUCCGUUCUGGUCUCUUAUUGAUGGGUGGUGUUUUGUUCUCUAUCAAAGCCCUUGUUGACGCAAAGCAAAAUCUCCGCUCAGGAACAGUUGCCGAACAAAUUCAAACCAGCUAUCUCCUGCAGAUAUACGGCGGAUACUUCCUCAUAGUGUUUCACGUCUUGUUAUUCUGCCUGGAUUGUAUGAUCUGGACGAAGUCCAAGAUCAACCAUGCGUUUGUUUUUGAAUACGAUGCCAGACACACUCUGGAGUGGCGUCAGCUGCUUGAGAUUCCCUCUUUCUUCCUUUUCCUCAUGGGUCUUUUCAUGUGGCUCAAUUUCUCAUGGUACAAUCACAUGUAUAUCUAUUGGCCUGUUGUUCUCAUUGGCUUGACGGUUGUCAUAAUCUUCCUGCCGGCCCGAGUAUUACACCACAGGAGUCGCAAAUGGUUUGCUUUCUCGAAUUGGCGCCUCUUGCUUGCGGGAAUUUACCCCGUCGAGUUUCGUGACUUCUUCCUUGGCGACAUGUACUGCUCCCAGACAUAUGCCAUGGGCAAUAUCGAGCUCUUUUUCUGUCUAUACGCCUCGCACUGGGGCUAUCCCCCCAAGUGCAACUCCUCUCAUUCUCGCCUCCUAGGUUUCUUUCAGUGCCUACCCUCUGUGUGGCGUGCCUUCCAGUGUAUUCGCCGAUACCUGGAUACGCGCAACGCAUUUCCUCACCUCCUCAACUUAGGCAAGUACUUAUUCGGUGUGCUCUACUAUGCCACGCUCAGCAUGUAUCGCAUCGAGCUCUACACUCGCUUCCAGGCCGCUUUCAUCACCUUCGCCCUUUUGAACGCCGUUUACACCUCCGUCUGGGAUCUCAUCAUGGACUGGAGUUUAGGCAACCCUUAUGCCAAAACACCCAUGCUCCGUGAAGUCCUUGCCUUCCGUCGUGUGUGGGUCUACUACGCGGCCAUGGUUCUUGAUGUGGUUGUCCGCUUUAAUUGGAUCUUCUACGCCAUUUUUAUCACCAACAUCCAGCAGUCUGCUCUGCUCAGCUUCAUGAUCGGUUUAUCUGAAGUCUGUCGUCGUGGUGUCUGGUCUAUAUUCCGGGUGGAAAACGAACAUUGUACCAACGUUCUCCUGUUCCGCGCCUCUCGAGAUGUUCCCCUCCCCUAUGACAUUCCCACCGCAACUCCAGCUCUCGAUGGGUCGCCAGAAGAUGUCCAGCUUCAGGAACAACAGCAGCAGCAGCAACAGCAGCAACAGCAACAGGCCACCACGCCUUUCAUGUCUCCCGAUAUUGAACAAGGCACUCCAUCGGCGUCUAGUAUGCGGGCUCGUCAUCGUCGUCCUUCGGUGGGUAUCAGUCGAGUCGGCACGAUUGUUGCGUCGGCGCACGCCCAAGAUUUCGAGCGGAGACGUCUACCAACGUACUUGUCCUCUGCGAGUGUUGGACGGGAUAUGGCACCCGGUGCAGAGGAUAGCAGCGAUGAAGAAGACGAAGGCGAGCUGAGUACCGACGAGGACUCUACCAAUGGGCAUGGUCGUCGGUCAAGACCCGACUCAGAGCGGAGGGAUCAAAUGGGCCGCAUUGUUGAGUGA